GUUUCCGUAAUGGUACGCGCAUGCGUUAUUUUUUUGCUUCCGGUUCCGUAAAACUGAAAAAGAAUCUAGUUUCGGUGUGUUACAAUUUUCAUUUAAAUUUAACCAGUUCAGAUUAAGACGCAGAAUUUACAUUGACAAAAAUGAACACAGACAUCCCGACAUUCAAGCUUGUACUGGUUGGCGACGGUGGUGUUGGGAAAACUACAUUCGUCAAGAGACAUCUUACUGGCGAGUUUGAGAAAAGAUAUGUUGCUACACUUGGUGUUGAAGUCCAUCCAUUGAAGUUCCACACAAACAGAGGAGAGAUUUGCUUUAACGUUUGGGACACUGCUGGUCAAGAAAAAUUUGGUGGUCUUAGAGAUGGUUAUUACAUUCAAGGACAAUGUGCUGUGAUCAUGUUUGACGUCACAUCUCGAGUCACCUACAAGAAUGUUCCAAACUGGCAUAGAGAUCUGGUGCGUGUCUGUGAAAAUAUCCCAAUAGUCCUCUGUGGCAACAAGGUAGACAUCAAGGACAGAAAGGUCAAAGCAAAGGCCAUUGUUUUCCACAGAAAAAAGAACCUCCAGUACUACGACAUCAGUGCCAAGAGCAAUUACAACUUUGAGAAGCCCUUCCUGUGGUUGGCCAGGAAACUUGUCGGUGACCCCAACCUGGAAUUUGUGGCCAUGCCUGCCCUUGCUCCACCAGAUCUUCCCAUGGACCCAGAACUUGCAAAACAGAGCGAACUUGAACUUCAGGCUGCUGCAAAUGUUGCCUUACCAGACGAUGAUGAUGAAUUAUAAUGGAAGAAAAGACAUAGUGAAUGGACCUGUAUUUAUAACUUUCAGACGUUUUCAAAUUGUGAAGUGUUUUCUCUAUGGUGGCUAAUCAUUCUUAUGGACUUAAUUUGGAAUUUGUAAAGCCAUGUCAAAAACAACAACAGAAACUAAUGAAUGAUGGUUAUCAUUUUUGAAGUCAUUUAGGUUUCAACAGAGAUAUUCCUACCACCAAAAUGGUGCACUACAGUUUUGUCCAUGGUGGGGAAAGAAACUGAAAACAGCUGAUAAUGGUUUGUCUGUGAAAAACACAGGUUAAUAAAAACAAUGUGUAGGAAAAUGUCUGUUGUAAUAUCAUCUCUUUGAUGCUCUGUAACACUCAUAUUUAGUGCAUUAUUGUGUAAAAUAAAUGUGAGGAAGCUUUCCAACUUUCUCAUGUGGAGGGACAACUUGAUUAAAAUCUAACGUGUGAACCAACACAAUUAAAAUGUUUCAGUUGCAAGAAAAAAGUUUUUACUUGUUGUAAGAUAAUAUUUUUCAUCAAAACCAAAAGUUUAUAUUUAAAAUUUUACUUCACUGUUAAUAUUGCAAAGAGAAUUAAAUUUGCAUUGACAACAUCAUGUUUAAAUUUAUUGUCUUCUCAAUGAAGAUCAUAUUGCUUGAAUAAAUGAUAGCAACAUUUGGUUUAACCCAAUAACAAUACAUAUAUAUGUAGCAUAUUGACCAUUUGUGUAAAUAGUUUGAAAUGCUUGGAUUUUAUUUUGUAUGCCAAUCAUUGUUUGAUAUAACGGUAAAAACAUCGGUGCACUUCAAAAUUUCUGUGUCAUACUUGUGAAACUUGUAUCUGUUUUAAACUGCAUGUGUAACCUGUACUGUUUUCAAAAAAUAAAGAUUAGCAAAUGA